AUGGAAGACCAAGACGGUACUUUUAGCUACGUGCAUAGUUCUCGUUACUCCGGCAGAUGCAUAGUUAAGCUGAUUGAAACGCUCAAAAAGCUUAUUGCAAAUAAUUACUCGAUCGAUAACGUUAGCGAGGUGAGAGUUAAUCUUGAAGAACUCACCAAAGAAUUCGAAUCGUAUAAACGAAUAUCCAGUCGUGGAUUUAAUCUUGCAUCUGUAUCCAAGGAUGCCGCCAAACCGAAAACCGACGAAGAAGUCUCCGCUCUCGAAGAUAAAAUUUUAGCUGAGCUUGAAAAAGUCAACAAAGCUGUUUUACCUGUAAUCGCUAAAUCGAAGAGUUAUAUUUCCGAGUUCGAAGCUCAACAGACACGCGAAUCGUUAAAUAACUCAUCAAUGAACAUGACUGGUGGUUUUCCUGAACCGAACGUAAAAUUACCUCGAAUUGAUAUACCAAAAUUUGAUGGUGUUGCUAUCGAGAAUUUCCUGGAAUUUUACGCCAUAUUCCAGAACGUGGUUCAUGAGGAACCAACUUUAUCGAAGGUUAAAAAGUUAUAUUACCUUAAACUAGCGUUGAUCGGAGAAGCUCACGAUUUGGUGAAAGAUACUCCUGUUACCGAUAAAGGUUAUGACGAAGCGUGGUGUCUUGUAGUUUCAACCUACAAAGAUAUCAAAUCCAUAACCCGAAGACACUUCGAUCAAUUAUUCUCGAUAAAUCGAAUCAAAUCAACGAGUGAAAUCCCUAUGCUUCUUAGCAAUGUGAAUCGCGCUUUGAAGGGGUUACGCGCUUGCGGAGAAGACACCGAAAAUUGGGGUCCGAUAUUGAGUUAUAUCGUCUCCGAAAAAUUGGACAACGUAACGUACGAAGAUUUCGAAAAAUCUCUCACAACGAACACUAAGUUUCCACGUUGGAGUGUUCUGAAAUCUUUUCUCGAGAAUCGCGCGUCAGUCACUAAACGUAGCAGUGAUUUGACCAAACAAACGAAACGAAACGAUACUCCACCCAGUUCAUCUGGUAAACGAUCGACUUUGACUGCUGUAUCGAAUAACGAAACGCGAAGUGGUCCUUCUGGUACUCCUCAAUCAUCGCCACCGAAGCCAGCUUGUUCCUGCUGUGACAAGUUGCACUUGCUUAUCGAUUGUAACCUUUUUCGCGACAAAACACCGAAGCAGAGAUACGAAAUCAUCAAAUCGAAAUCUCUGUGUGGAAAUUGUUUCCACUCGAAUCAUCGUACCAACGAAUGUCGUAAACAGCCGAAUUGCAAAAAAUGUAGCAAUCGUCAUCAUACGCUACUGCAUUUUGAUAAAACGAACGACUCGAAGGAUCCACCGAAGCCUGAAUUAAACGAAGAUGGCACUCCAAGAACGACUUGCGGUAUGUCAUCGCUCGUAUCUGUUCAAAAACCGAUUGCGUUAUUGCCGUCUGCGCUUGUAAAGUUUGUUAGCGGAAACAAGUGCGGUACUAUGCGUGUUUUACUCGAUUCCUGUUCUCAGUUGAAUUUAAUAACGAACGAAUUCAUCAAACGUAACGAUUUAUCAACGACCAAUGCGCCAUAUCCGAGUAAAGUAGCGGGUAUUGGUGAUAGCGAAACCGAAUGUAAUCAAAUCAUCGAAUUUUCAAUCGAAUCACGAGUAGAAGAUUUCAAAUUUUGUGCUCGAUUUACUGUAAUCAACAAUCGAAUACCGUAUUCUGUAACGAAUUAUAUCAUCGGCGAUUUUGCAGAAAAAGUGAACGAACGUCGGCUCAAUCUCGCUGAUACUGCUUUCUACGAUCGCAACGUAAAUAUCAACUCAAUCGAUGCUAUUCUUGGGGUUGAAGCGUAUAACUUGUGCGUGCGUAACAAAACCAUCUUUAUCGAAUCCGCUUGUCUACGUGAUACCGUUUUCGGUUGGACAAUUUCAUCAUCGAUCGAAUCAGCUCGCAAUACUCGACAUUCUCAACCGUAUUGUGGCUUAACUAUCGACAAUAUCGACCAAUGA